AUGAUGACCAUCCGUGCUGCCAAAUUCACCCCCGAGGUGCUCCUCUCGGCGCCCAGGAGAUCAGCAGGCAUCCCAAACAACACAGGGAAGCUGGUCCUAUAUACGACCUCAACAUACUCGUUCAAAGAGCACAAAAAGACAGGCCAAAUCCACGUCCUCGAUGUGAACUCUGGCCAGUCCACCACUUUGUACAGUGAGAACACUUAUAGUGAGCCGACAUGGCUGAGCGAGAAGGAGUUUCUCUUCCUCAAGAGUGGAGACAAGGGCGCCUCGACUCUCUUGCUGGCAGAUGUGGACAGCCCCGGUGCAACACCAAAAGAGAUUAGCAAAUUCCCAGGGGCUAUCGCAAACCUCAAGGUCAAGAGCCUCAGCGACGACACAGCCGCCCUGGCCUGCUCAGCCCUGGUGACGCCCUCGGGUGAGAUAUACAACCCAGAGACCGAGAAGAAGCCCCUGAGCUCUGCCAUGGUCUACACCAGCCUCUUUGCCCGCCACUGGGACUCGUGGGUCACCGAGAACCGCAAUGCCGUCUUCUAUGGCUCCCUGCGCAAGACCAGCAGGACCUGGAGCCUCGAGAAACCCGGCCUGGUCAACGCCCUCCGCGACACAGGCCUACAAUCCCCCAUCCCACCCUUUGGUGGCACAGGUGACUUUGACAUUGGCCCAGCCGGCCUUGUCUUCGUGGCGCCAGACCCAAAAUUGAGCCCGGCCACGCACACCAAGAGCGACCUCUACUUUGUCCCUCUCGACUCUUUCACCCAGGCCCGCGCACCAGUGCCACAGCUCGUACGCACAGGAGAUCUGAGGGGCUACACCGCCGCCCCGGCCUUCUCGCGCUCUGGGCGGUCCGUCGCCUUUACCCGCAUGCGCAACGACCAGUACGAGAGCGACAAGCCGCGCCUCCUCCUGCUCCCAGACAUCGGCGACCUGGCCAACGUGCAGGAGUUCUACGCCACGCCCGACGGCGAGGGCGGCUGGGAUCGUCGUCCAGAUACUAUGCUGUGGGGCCCAGAGGACAAGGAGCUAUUUGUCGUGGCCGAAGAUCUGGGCCGGUCCAAAGUGUUCCGGCUCCCCGCGUCGCCUCUUGCCGCUGGGAAUGCGCUGCCCAAGGUAGUCUCCGACAUAGAAGGCUCCGUCUCGGACGUGAAGGCCCUAGGACCUGAAGGCAACCUCCUCGUCAGCGCGAGCAGCCUCAUCGACAGCUCCUUCUACACCGUCCUCGACCCCUCCUCCGGCUCCCACCGCUUCGUCUCGUCCAACACCCGCCAGGGCAAGACCUUUGGCCUCUCCCGCGCCCAGGUCGACGAGCUCUGGUUCGACGGCGCUGGCGGUUACAAAGUACACGCCUGGGUGCUCCGCCCUUCGGACUUUGAUCCAUCGCGCAAAUACCCCAUCGCCCUGCUCAUCCACGGCGGGCCCCAGUCUGCCUGGGCCGACGCCUGGUCCACACGCUGGAACCCGGCCGUCUUUGCCGAGCAGGGCUACAUCGCCGUUAUGCCCAACCCGACGGGGAGCACGGGGUACGGCAUGAGCCUGCAGAACGGCAUCCGUGGAGACUGGGGAGGCCGGCCUUACGAGGACCUCGUGAAAUGCCACAAACAUAUUGCCGAGACCAUGGCGGACGUGGCGGAUCUCGACCGCUCUGUGGCCCUCGGCGCUAGCUACGGCGGAUUCAUGAUCAAUUGGAUGCAGGGCCACGAGCUCGGCCGCAAGUUCAAGGCGCUGGUGUGCCACGACGGCGUAUUUAGCACGCUGAACCAGUACUCGAGCGAGGAGUUGUUCUUCCCGAUUCAUGACUUUGGCGGGCAGCUGUGGGAGAACCGCGCGGGGUAUGAGAGGUGGGAUCCGGCACGAUUUACGGACCAGUGGGCCACGCCGCAGCUGGUCAUCCACAACGAGCUAGACUACAGACUCCCCAUCUCCGAAGGCCUAGCCGCCUUCAACGUGCUACAGUCCAGAGGCGUCCCGAGCAAGCUGCUCGUCUUCCCAGAUGAGAACCAUUGGGUACUGAAACCAGAAAACUCACUUGUCUGGCAUAGGGAGGUGCUGGACUGGAUCAACAAGUACUCUGGGGUUGGGGGCUCAACAGCUGGCGGAUGAGCCGGGACUGCAGUUUUUCGUAGACAAACAAUCAAACGCGCAGGGGAGCUGAAACAUGGUCCUGUCAAUAAAAGCAUGAUGACAAUGUUACGAGGACGUCAACGCUCUGUUCAAACUAUUCGGUAAUUUUUUUUGCUACUAUCAGGAGUGAGAAUGAGAAUUUAGCAAACCCUGCCAUGUUGUUGACUGC